UGUUACAGAACUGAUGAUUCUGAGGCGGAGCGAUCUUCUUCAUUAUCUGCGAGCACAGCGCGAGCUAGGCACGAAAGCGGAGAGCGUCCGGCUCCAAUCGUCAGUGAUCCCGUCACUAGGUUUAAGAAAGGACAUCGUCGGCAAGAUUCGCUUCAGGAGAGCAUAUUUAGUAUGACGGAAAGGGAUCUGAAGACGUUUGAUACAACCGAACUGUUACGACCGUCAAUAGAAGGUGCCACAGAUGGAGUGUCUCUUUUUCACGAGUUGCAUGUGCACAUGUUGUUGUACGGCGAGAGCGGACGUGUUGUGGAUUUGGGUCGGGCCGAAACAGCUUUUCGUAUACUGACAGCCUUGUUAUGUCCUAGAGGUUCCCCUGUCACAAAUCGUAUGCUUUUGAGUUGCUUAGUUUCUUCCGGUACUGCAACUCAGAAUGGCGAAAGCAUUGGCUCGAGUCCCACACUGACAGUAUCACUUGUGGAUUUGAUGGCGAAGCACGUCCGGGCCAUACUCGGUCAACAUUUCUGGGGUGUCACUGGCGAUGAAGAUGUUUCCAAACACCGGCAUCUAACCCUGCUAGAGCUCCUUAUAACGAUCUCAUUGCACUUUUUGCGCUCUUUCUUCCUUAACUCGCCGAUUUCUCCCGUUACUCAAUCAGAUUUGGUGAUGGCAUGGAAGUGUAAGAUAGCAGCGCUCGAUUUUCUGUCCGAACUGCUGGGGGAGCUAAGCGGAAUGAUUUGCGAACAGCAAUCUCGGCCAUUUGUGGCGUUUGUUCAGUCCGUUCUGUCACGGUCGAAGCUACAAAAAUGCUUGCUUCAUCUGCUACUGACUGCAGUGCACGACCCAAGGACGAGUGCCGAAGCAGGACAAGUGAUGCCUCUAUCUGUGUCGAUUGCUGAGUUCAACGAAGGUCGAUCAUCCAGCAUGGGAAGCAAGUUGGCAGGACUUUUAUCGGCGUACAACCGUUCGUUGCUAGGUGUGACAGCCCAGGCUAUUCGCCUCGAAAGUGACAUCAAGAAUGGAUACUCGUCAUUCGGAGACAUGAGCACUUCUGGCGCGAUGAUGAGCCGAUUAAGCAUAGCACAACAAAUUUACAAUACACCAGCUCAUCGAGGUACAUUGCGAGAGCCUAGCCCAUCGCUAGUUGAACUACGAGCUUUCCUGCUGAUUGUUCUAAACGCUUUGAAAAAGCGUCCAGAACGGCACGAAAUGUGGUUCCAGUUUGUUGUACAAAUACUGCCGUGGAUGGAGAGGUCACUUGCAACUGUUAUGGUACGAGUUGUGGAACAACUUUGUAAAAAUAUCGAAACUGCUAUAAAUGUGUGUUAUCCCAACAUCAAGGAUACUGACAGCGCUCUGUCGCCAGUUCCUGACAAUGCCUGUGAUUACCCUGCUUGUUUCAUUACGAUGACGCUAGAAACCAUUACAACGCUGAUUCAUUUCUGUGUGAUUUAUACUCAUGCUGCUGGGUCAACGGUUCAAGCCACAACGCCUAGCAGUGCAGUAGCCCCAAGCAGCGGAGGUGGUGGCGGUAUGGUUGGGCAGGUAGUGGCUGGACUAUUGUUUUGGAGAGGAGGAGAGGCGAUGGCUGUGAUCCCUGGUACCAAAGGUGCUACUGAACUGUUUUCCAAUCUUGUCAAGGUGUUCAGCUUUAGCGAUUCAACAUCGACUGGAGGCGUGAAUCUCUCGAAAAUUGAUGGUUCCCGUGGUAGUAUAACGUUACGGCAAGCUCGCAACGAUAUGCUCACCUCACUCCCGCAUGCUCUCGCCACUAUUUGUGACUUGUGGACUGUGGUCAGGAGCAAGGAGGAACCCCGUCUGCCAUUGGGAUCACCUCAGCAUCUUCGACGAUUGAUCCUGGAUCUACUAUCGCCCAUAGCCCAGCAUCACCAGCAAGCCUUCCUCACAGCGCUUUCUCUGGUUUGGUUGACUCGUUCAGGAACUGGCAUUUCAUCUCAAAAGAAACUGGAUCCAGAUCUGCCCAAUUUCCACUACAGUCCUGUUCAACAUGACAUAGCCAACUUGUUGCUGAGUCUGAAAGUGAUAUCGUUUGAAGAAUUGAUCGCCGCUGUCAAUGAGACACUUAAAGAAGUCGGUGUGAAAGCAUCAAAGAUAGGAGCUGGUGAAAAGGCAACUUUCCCCACUGAAGCACCGUUGCUAGAGUUGGUACAUGGCUGCAUAAAAGCAUUACCGACUGCUCAGCUUCGAUCGUGUUGGUCACCUUUUCAAUCACUGUUUGCCGAUGCCCCACUUGCUAACUUGCCACCACGUGCAGUAUUCCUUCUGUAUAUAAUUCUGUGUGACUAUGUGCGAUGUGCUGGUGCAUCAUAUAUCGUCGAAGACAAGACGAUGUCUCGAGCUGUGCAAGAUGCUGUUCAAAGGCUGACCGAAGCUGUUAAUGCGAUUGUUGGCUGGCAAUUGGAAACAACUACUUGGUUGAAAAGGACGCUCGUUGUCAAGCACGACCAAGGUGCUGAUACGAAAUGUCCUCGAUCGCAAGACGGUAGUCCUUCAGUGGAAGCAAGCACACCUUUGAAUACACCACUGCCUUCGCUGAACCCAUCAGAACAGAACUCCAUGCGUGGUUCGACGCUGUCGCUGAUGACACGACCGUCGUCAUUGGACACUGGUACCACAAGUGUUGGUCCUCUGAACGAGAAGAAGAGCAGCUCCAACUUACGUGGCUCCGUGAAAGACAGUAACAACAACAAGAGAGAUCCUGCACAUAGUACACAAGCUCUUUUUAUCCUAGCAGAGAAUUUGGCUGAGUUGGUGGAUUCUGUUUGUAAGAGUGAUGAUAAAGAACGCCUGUUGCCUACAUUGCAUGCUGUAUGGGGAAAUGUGGUUCCUUAUUUGAAAGCAAAGAAUGCUCGCAAUUCCCGCUUUUUCCUGGCAUCAUCGCAGCUGUUAGCUUCAAUGAGCUCCUUCAGUUACAUGCGCCCCGUAUGGAAAAAGACUACGCUCGAGUUGUUACUCGAUUCAUCUUUCUUCAAGAUGGAUAUGCAGUCUUUGAAACAGUGGUUAAUUGUGACAGACCAUCUUAUGACGCAUGAUAAGACCUCGUUCAAGGAUUUGCUGAAAAGCAUAGCUUAUACGCCGAAUGCGUCGUUCAGCAUUAUGACAUCGAAAGAGCAGGAGUACGAAGCUAGAGCCCAGGCAGUCAAAAGACUUGCAUUCGUUGUCAUGGGAUCUGAACUGGAUCAGUACCAAGGACAAAUGAAUGACAUUCAAGAGCGUCUGUCAGAAAAUCUCCGGGUCUCACAAUCACCAUCAAUACGAUCGGCAGUGUUUCUGUGCAUUCGAGUUCUUCUUCUGCGUUUACGACCACCAAGUCUGGUGGGAAUAUGGCCUAUUAUGGUCACUGAAUUGGUCCAUGUUCUUUUACAAAUGGAGCAACAGCUCUGCGCAGAAGGAAAUGGUAUAGAGGAUCUUGGCUGUGCCAGAGAUGAUGCCUGGAUGCAGCUCUACUUGGCUGCAUGCAAGAUGCUUGAGACCCUCUGCACAUUGCCUGCUGGAUAUCUGGCGCAAUUCCAAAUGUGCCACUGGGCUUUUGUGAAUUCUGUAGCCACGAGUAAAAACGACAUGUUUCUGCCAUUUGCAGGACGAAUAAAUAAGCUUCUACGGACAAAGUUCGGUAAAUUGACACCGGAAGAACUGGCAAAUCUUUCGCCGUCGCUGUGUGGAAUGAAGAUGUUAACAAGUUUCGAAGAACUGCGACCGUUCUUUUAUGCGCUAGCCACCCAAAGCAAAGCGUUGCCAGGGAUACAUCAGAAUUCUGGAAACGAAUCAUCAUUUCUUACCGGAUCGCUUUCAUAUAAAAAUGCUGUAAAUCGCCUAGAACAUGCUCUAUGUGUGGAUUUCGCCGAACAUUGGCAGCUUUAG